AUGAAAUUACUACCUACACUCGCAUCAUUAGUCGAUAAAUUUAUCUGGCCGAUGAUGUUAAACGAUGUUGCAGGAUUGAGAAAUAAACAGGAUCAAUUACAAAAAAUUUAUAGCAAUUUUAACUCUCAAUUAAAUUAUUUGAAAACGGAUUACACGGCUCGACGAAAACAUAGUUCAUCUCCACUGCCACAACUCUCUCCAUCGCAACCAACGUCGAAAGCAUCAAUAUGUGUAUUUACGGAAGUCGGAGAGUUAUGGAAUACAUCACAAAUACCCCAUUUUAAUAUUUUUCAUCAACAUGGAACUAAUAGAAGUGGUGGUGUAUGCAUAGCUAUUAGAAAACAUUUGAAAGGAUCAAGAAUCGACUUAAAUAUUGAAAAUACAAUUAUUGUCGAUGUCAAUGGCCUCUCUGAAACAGUUAGAAUAAUUGCUAUUUACUGGCCAGCAGACCAAACAAGAGUUUUAGAAGAAUUAGAGUCAUAUAUCACUAAAAAUACAAUCAUAACUGGGGAUUUCAAUGCAUCCGUAAAAGAAUGGGGUAGCACGUCGGCAGAUAAAAGAGGAAGAAUUUUGAAAGCUUGGGGGGAAAAAAACAAUCUUUGUUACAUUCCCUCAUUAUCAAAUUCUUCAAAACGUUCGAAUAGAAACAUCGAUUUAACAUUUACAAAUUUAGGAGGAACAAGGGGAGAGACUCUAAAGAUGGGUACCAGUGAUCACUGGCCAAUAAUGAUAACUUGUGAGAAUUUAGUAUUUGAUAAGAAUAGUAUUUUCCCCCACGUGCAUUGGAAGGCGUACGAAGCCAUUCUCACGUUGCUGCAAGAAUUUUGGCAAAGAGAGGAGAGUAGAGGGAUACCAGUGGAUGAUUGGUAUAUGAAUUAUGUACGCUUUCUUGCUGCUUUAAAAAACAGACUAACACAAUGGAAAGAAAAAGAAAAAUUCCGACCAGCUCUACCUCCUUAUCUUAUUCGGAAGCUGCAAGAAGUGAAACGAAUCAGAAAUAAAUAUUAUCGAGAGAGAAAAAUAUGUAUUAUAAAUGAAGAAACAAGAGUGCUACUGCGGGUGUUAACAAGAGAAGUAAAAAUUGAAAUUGCAAAAUAUAAGACGAGUAGAUGGCGAGAGUUUCUGUCAAAAAUUCAAGAAACAAAUGACAAUAAGGAGCAAGCGUUUUGGCUUUAUCUCUCACAAAUAUAUAAACAUAAAUCACUACCGCUUUCGAAACUAGACACCGGAACAACAGUAUUAAUGAAGGAGAAUGAAAUCAAGGAUGAACUUUAUCGUUACUACUCGGAACAGUUCCAAAUUCCAAAUACAAAUAUGUCAGAUCCUUAUGAAGUUCAGAUUGAUAUAGAGUAUUUAGAACUGAUGAAUAAACUAGUAUUGGCUAAUGAUAAGGUCGAAAUGGCAAACAUUGCCGAAAUAAAGAAACACUUAUCGAAGUUGAAGCCAAAAAAAUCAUGUGGAUUCGAUGCAGUGUCGAAUUAUAUGAUCAAAAGAAUUCCACCAGGUUAUAUUAGUUGUCUAGCAAAUUGCUUUAAUACUUGGUUAAAAGAAUAUAGGUAUCCAGAUGUUUGGAAAUUAGCUAAAAUAAUUACAUUGAAUAAACUUAAAGCAGGAGUACCUCGUUGCGAGCAAACACGACCAAUAUCACUUUUAGCAACACAUUCCAAACUUUUUGAGAAAAUUAUGCUAGAAAGAAUAAGACUAUGGACUGAAACCAAUAGUUCAGUUCCAAUCGAACAGUCGGGAUUUCGUCCAGGUUGUCUUCUUCCUACCAGAGUUCUAUCUAUAUAUCAAGAAGUCAAAAACAAUAUGACAGCUAAUACUCCAACGCUAGCAAUUUAUGUAGACUAUCAAAAGGCCUACGAUAAAGUGUGGCAUAAAGGGCUUAUCGUAAAAUCCAACAGACUCAGUAUUCCUUUAGGACUAUUAAAAUUAAUUGUAUCGUGGUUAAAUGAUCGGCGUGCAUAUGUUAUAUUUGGAGAGAACAAGUCGGAUAUAUUUUACACUUAUGUCGGUCUGCCUCAAUGUAGUAGUUUAAGUCCAUAUCUGUUUAUUGUCUAUCAUUGUGACCUAGUUGCAUGUGUAGGUGCUCAUUCUAGCCACAUAUUUGCGGAUGAUCUCAACAUACGCAUAUCUCCGCCAAUAUGCCGUGAUAUAAAACCAAUGAUUAAGUUUCUAGAAGAGGAAGGAACUAAAAUUUGUAACCAAAUAGCGAACUAUUCGAAAAAAUGGAAACAACCAGUUAAUGUAUCUAAAACAGUAGCACAGACUUUUCACACACAAGUGCAAAAUCCAGUAAUCAAUGUUUUUAUGGAUGGCAAGAAAUUAGAAGUAGUUAAAGAGUUUAAGUAUCUAGGCUUCGCCUGGACGAAUAAGAUGUUCUUAAAACCAACAAUUGAUAAAACUCUUGAGAAUAUUCAAAGAACAUUCAGUAAGUUAAGAUGGAUGAAAGGUGGUAAAACUGUCUCAACAGACGUUUUGAGAAGAUGUUUCUUUGCGUACAGUUUUCCGUAUUUUGUCUGGAUGUUUCCACUGUAUCCAUUCCUACCGAAAACCCAAAAAGAGUCGUUGUUAAGAAAGUUUAGAAACGGAUUAAGACUAGUUCAUCGCUGUCCCUUUGCUCGAGCAACAAACGUUCCACAAAUAACAAAAGAAGACUCUUUAGAAGACUAUGUAAAACGAUAUAUAAAGAAAAGAUUAGAACGAAUUGAAAAAUCAGAUUUAUGUCGCUCGCCCUUCUACAAUGAUAUUUUUUAUUGGGAUUCAUUCCAUAAAAAGCUUGUUAGCGCAGCCCCUUUGGGGCUGAAAUGUGGAACUCACAUAUAUCCCUUCGGCUUACUAAAAUAA